AUGUGUGGUUGUUGUUGGUGUGGUUGUUUUGUUGGUGGAGUUGAUGGUAUUGAUUUAGUCUUUAAGGAUUACAAUCUUCCACCAAUUCCUAUCAGUGUCAUCCCAAGAAACUAUUUCGAAACUGUCAAAGAAUGGCUCGAUUCAUUCAAUAUUAAAUUUUAUCAAUCUGAACGUAAUUACAAUUGGAAGAGAAUUAUGGAUACAAUCAAAAGUGAUGUAAAGAAAUUCCAUGACGAUGGUGUUUAG